AUGUUUGUUGAAUCAAAUUCAUCUCCCAAAUCAUCAAUUAAAGAAUCCAUGACAUCUGUGUGGGGUGUUAGAGAGAUGAAUGAGUGUAACUAUGAGGUCAUUGAUAGGUUUCGUCACACCAUUAAAUAUGAUAAUACCCUCAAACGCUAUAAUGUUAACUUGCCCUUUAAAGAAGAUCAUCCUCCACUUAGUGAUAACUUCGAUUUAUGUAUCAAGCGUUUUAAAGGUCUUCAAAAGAAAUUAAUACACUACCUACCGCACCAACCAGUUCUGAGAAAUGACAAAGUUACUUCUAAAGUCAGAAUUGUCUUCGAUGCAAGCAGUUCUGUUAAUGGCCCUUCAUUUAAUGACUGUCUCUACCCUGGACCAUCUUUAACCACAUCCUUAUAUGGAAUCCUCUUGCGUUUUCGUGCCCAAAAAAUUGCCUUUGUGGGAGACAUUGAAAAAGCGUCCUUGCAGAUUACAUUAUCUCCUGAAGAUCGUGAUUACGUCCAAUUUUUGUGGUUUGAGAACAUGAACUCACUUAAUAAAGACAAUAUAUUUACUCAAAAAAUUUUUCCAUAUAGAAUUUGCAGAGUUCUGUUUGGCGUUACAUCUUCUUUUCUUCUUUCUGCAACACUAAUUACUCACGCUGAAAAGUACCUCUCUGAUGAUCCUAUAUUUGUUAAUAAAUUAAUGAAUUAUUUACAUGUCGAUGAUCUGAACUAA